AGGAAUUGUGGGGCAGCAUUACCUCCUUUCCUUUCGUAAAGGAUGAUCCGGUGUAUCCUAUACUAAAGGAGAUAAUAAAGGAAGCACUGAAAAGCUGUUUGAAUAUUUCCUGCAUAAAAGGAAACGAUCAGAGCGCACGGGGAGUAUCUAGUUCAGGAAAAGUGGUUAGAAAAGGACUUAGGAGGUAAUUUUUCUGACUAUUCGACCGUACCCAUCGUCUCUGAAGAGACUCUGAUGACCCCCUGAUCUAACCAAACAAAGGAAGGAAAGGAAGACUAGCCAAUCAGAGGCAGGGUAGACUGUGUCUUCACUUAAAAUAAAGCGUGAGACGUGCGAACUAACACAAAGCUGUCCUUCCGGUGGCACGUCACGUUUGAGCCAAUGAGAACAGUUGCAGUCCUUGGAGGGGGGAUUGGAGGAUUGGCGGCCUCUUACUACCUCUGCAAAAGCUCUCAGGUUACCAAGGUCAUUGUAUUGGAGUCCAGCAGUCGUUUUGGAGGAUGGCUGCAGUCCACCAGGAGGUCAGAUGGAGCAGUGUUUGAACAUGGUCCCAGAGGGUUUCGACCUGCUGGGGCAAUGGGACGCAACACCCUUAAUAUGGUUGAUGACCUGGGCCUUGGGGGGGAGAUUCUUCCAGUCACUUACAAUCAUCUAGCCUCCAAGAACAGAUAUCUGUAUGUCAACAAACAGCUCCACAGGAUGCCUUCAGGAAUAAGUGGACUUCUGCAGACUGUCCCACCCUUCUCUCGUCCCCUCCUGCUGAGUGUUGCAAUGGAGAUAUUUGUGAAGAAAGGCAAGGAAGACGACGAGUCCAUCCAUUCAUUUGUUUCUAGGCGGCUGGGAAAGGAGCUGGCAGACGUAGCUGUGGACAGUUUAUGUCGUGGUGUAUUUGCGGGAGACAGCAGGAAAUUGAGUGUGCGUUCUUGUUUUCCUCCCUUAUACAACGCAGAGCAGCACAGAGGAUCGCUGACACUGGGCAUGUUGCUAGGUUCAGGGCCCACUCCUGUGAUCCCCCCUGGCCCUCUGGCUCAGAAAGCUAUCAAAGAGUUGUGGGCCCAGUGGUCCCUAAAAAGGGGAGUAGAGUCUUUCCCAGAAUCCAUCACUGAGUACCUACAACGGAGCGGGAGAGUGCAGCUUCAAAGAGAGGCAGCUGUUAAACAGAUUAGUCCUUCAGCCUCUGGUUGGAAGAUCCAUUUGGAGGAUGGAGUCAUACUAGCUGACCACGUCAUCUCUGCACUGCCUGCUAAAGCCCUCUCCUCAGUUCUGCCUUCCUCCUGUCAACUUCUCAUCGAGCAUCUUCAGGACAUCUUCACAGCAACAGUCGCUGUGGUAAAUCUUGAGUAUGAGGGUUCCAUCCUGCCUGUAGAGGGUUUUGGUCAUCUGCUUCCGUCGUCAGAGGAUCUGGGUUUACUUGGUGUGAUCUACGACUCUGUUGCCUUCCCUCAACACAACAGACCCAAUGGACAGACUACUAGACUGACGGUGAUGAUGGGUGGAGCCUGGUUCCAGGAGGUGUUUGGGUCCCCAGAAUCAGUAACAGAACAGUGUCUUUUAGCAAAAGCCACUGAGGCAGUGCACUGUCACCUGGGAGUCACCACAGCACCCAUUUGGAGCUGGGUAGCUUUACAGAAGAACUGUAUACCUCAGUAUUAUCAUGGACACUUUCGGAGAGUUGAGUCCAUGCGUAGCUUCAUAAGGAAGAAUAAUCUCUCACUGUCUCUGAUUGGUUCAUCCUAUGAUGGCGUGUCAGUGAAUGACGUCAUCUUCAUUGGCAGAAAAGCCGUUGAGGAGUUGUUGGGAACUGAAGUUUGAUGGCACUGGUCAACACUGAAACACAGCUGGAUAUGUUAGCAUGGAGAAAUGUGUAGUCGAUCUGCAGCCUGAAUAGGUCAGCUUCAGAACUUCCAUAGAAAUGUCAAUACUGCACAGACUGAAUGAAUGAAGAAUGAAGUUUUUUUUUUUUAGUAACACUGUGUAUACAUAAUAUUACAAAUUGCAGUUCUAGUAAAGCCUUAUUGUACCUA